AUGCGCUUUCGUCUCCCGGGACCGCCGGGUCCUUAUUGGUUUCCGUCCGACGCGGGGAUCCACUCUGUGCAGCCCGGCGAGGAGACCCCCUCGCGGGGGGCAGCCGCGGAGCGCCAGCGCCUGGGGCUCGGCGGGGCCGGCGCGCCGCUGCUCCUGCUGCUCCUGCUGCUGGCCGGGCCGGGGGCCGGCCGAAAGCCCUCGCGGAGGAAAUGCGCGAUCCGCUGCUCGUGCACCAAAGACGCGGCGCUCUGCGAAGGGGCCGAGGAGAUCCCCAAGGAGCUGCCCCCGAAGCUGGUCUCCCUGUCUCUCAUUCGCUCAGGAUUCACCGAGAUCUUGGAGGGCAGCUUUCACCACGUGCCGACGAUUCAGCUGCUAUUGCUCACUUACAACUCCUUGGACCAGAUUGGGGACAAUGCCUUCGAUGGACUUGUACACCUGGAAUAUCUGUUCAUCGAGCACAAUAGACUGGACAUGAUCUCCAAGAAUGCGCUCCAAGGCCUAAAGAGUCUUCUCCAUCUGAGCUUGGCUAAUAAUAACCUGCAGACCUUACCGAGGCAUCUCUUCCGAGGCCUGAAUGCUUUGACCACAGUGGAUUUGCGGGGAAACGCCUUCCACUGUGACUGUAAACUGAAAUGGCUGGUGGAGUGGGUGAGCUACACGAAUGCCGUGGUGGAGCCAAUAGAGUGUCGGGCGCCCAUUGACCGCACCAAUCUUGCCGAACUGCGCCCGGAGGGCUUCAACUGCAUCACCACCGAUCUCGUUCUCAUGGAGAGACUAGAUUACCAGUCGCUUUCUGUGGAAACCUUCACCUAUCACGGGGAGCAGAAUUUGGUGAUUGCCCAGCCCUUUAUCGGACGCUGCAUCUUCCUGGAGUGGGACCACGUGCAAGGGAAAUUCCGCAGCUAUGCCAACAUCACCGGCUCAUCCACUGUAGUCUGCAAGCCCCUAGUCAUCGACGGCCAGCUCUUUGUGGUCGUGGCUCAGCUUUUUGGAGGCUCCCACAUCUACAAGCGGGACGAGGCCACGGGACGCUUCCUCCACAUGCAGGCCAUCGAGGGGUCACGCAUCCGCAAGCCCAACGACAUCGAGGUCUUCCGCUUGGAGGGCGACUGGUACUUCAUCAUGGCCGACAGCUCCAAGGCCGGCUCCACCACCCUGUACCGCUGGAACGGUCACGGCUUCUACACCCACCAGUCGCUGCACGACUGGUACCGUGACACGGAUGCCGAGUUUUUGGAAAUUGCUGGCAAGCCUCACCUCAUCCUGGCCAGCAGCUCCCAGCGCCCUGUCAUCUACCAGUGGAACAAGCAAAAGUUCACGCCCCGCACCGACAUCCCGGACAUGGACGACGUCUACGCCGUUAAGCAUUUCAAAGUCAAGGAGGACGUGUACAUUUGCCUGACCCGCUUCCUUGGCGAUUCCAAGGUGAUGCACUGGGAUGGAUCGAUGUUCCGAGAUGUUCAGCACAUGCCAUCUCGUGGAUCCAUGGUUUUCCAGCCCUUGACCAUCGCCGGCUACCGCUAUGCCUUUCUUGGCAACGACUACUCCUUCAGCCAAGUCUACCGCUACGAACCUGUCACGGGACUCUUCCAGCACUUCCAGGAGCUGAACACCCAGGCACCGCGCUCCUUUGCCCACGUCCAUGUCGACAAGCAAGAUUUCCUCAUCGCUUCCAGCUUCAAGGGCAAAACCCACAUCUACCGGCAUGUCAUCAUCGAUCUGAGUGCCUGAGCCUGUCCGCAGCGGGGUUCAGGGGUGUCGAAUCAGGAGGCAGCCGCCAAAGGAAGUGGUGGCAGCCGCUGGGGGGAAGUACAGUACCCAAGACGGCCACUAGGGUGACCGCACUGGAAGCAGAGGCUGUUGAGAGUGCGAUUCCCCAGUGGUGCGAGGAAAAGAGGGUGCUAAGGAACAACUGGCCGACAGGUGGAAGACGGGCAACUGAUGAUCGCUAGAAAAUGCAGCAAACGGCAACCAGAUCAGUCACCAGAAUACCAUUCUCUCUCUCUCUCUUUAAAAAGUCAGUAUGCAUGAAGCCUUACUGGUUGCCAGGUGGAAGAGGCCUGCAUGCGUAACCAAAUAUCUUGACAAAGAGGGUGUGCAGAUUUGGAGAGGCAUCACUUUACCGGCAAUCCUGCCCGAUCUUGCUUGCCAACCUGUCGUUCUUGCUUUGUCAUUUCAGAGGAUUCUUUCCCUUUUUUUAAAAAAAACCCCCUCAUCUCUCCCCCUGAGUUGAAUGAAUCAGAGUAUUGGCUUGCGUUUCCCAUCCCACCUGCUUGCAUCCGUUUCUUUUCCCCGUUAACAGAUGCCGUGAGCCGCUGAAAGCCUGCUUCAUUUCACCACUUCCCUUGUUUUUACCGCAGAAUUAUCUUCUUCCAAAACCGGAUUGCUUUCCCCCCAUAAAUUCAUUGCAAAGGGGCAUAAAUCCAGCCAAACCUAAGUGACUGUGAUAAUGGCAAAAUCUCAAUCACUGGGCACGAGAUAGGCAGCCUGAUCCAAUGCAUGUUUACACAGAAGUAAAUCCUGCCUGGGCAGAACAGGGCUUUCACCCAAAGUCGGCGUGCUCAGGCCUGCCGCUUUGAUUGCAAACUAACUUUUGCUGGAAUGCAUCCAAUGCCUUUUAAUUCCCGUUUUACUAUUUUUUUUUUUUUUUAAACAAUUUCAGGCACUGCACAGUGUCGGAUACUAAAGCACAAGCUUAGCAUUAAGCACAGAAGGAACCCCCCUCUUAAUCCUUAGGGGAAAAGAAAUGCUGGGGGAACAGGGUAGACUGGACUCAUUGAUGCGAUGGGUGGGUAGAAGAGAAUGUGGGAUAGAAGCUCCCCCAGGAGGGGGGCUGGGAGCCCAACGGAGUGGUGCACAAAACCGCCAUUAUCCUUUGCCUAUAAAUAUCCAGCAUGUUUAUUCAAACACAAUCAACCAACCUCCUUCCAGUAGCGGGCAGCUACAAAGAAUACAUGCCAAUGUAUUUAUUUCCCAGUGAUAUGGAGCUGGAAUAGUUUGGGCUGGGAAUACACAAGAUUGUCUCCUGCCAAAGAGGGCCUGAUAUGCUCUUCUGUCUCAUUCAUGAACUGGGAUCCCACGUACAAGCAUUGUAAAUAAUAAAAAAAAAUAGUAUAUUGUUUGUGAGCCCAGUUGUAGCAUCGUUUGCUCUGUUUAAUC